CCAAUCAGUAUCUAGCCUCAGCACGGUUGCCUAGCAUUGGAAGCAAGCGGGAAGUAUGGCGGCAGCAUCGGUUGCGGAGGUGUCCGCAACGAAGACUGAGGCGGUGAAGCCAUCCACGGGCGCAAGUCAAGCUUCUUUAAUUAAUUGGUCAGGCCAGAGUUUACAAAAACUAGCACCAACUUUAUCCUGUAAUGCAGACAUACAUACUUUGAUUUUGGAUAAAAAUCAAUUAAUUAAAUUGGAACACCUGGAAAACUAUAAGAACUUGAUGCAGUUGUCAGUAGCCAGCAAUCGUCUAGUGCGGAUGAUGGGUAUAGCAAAGCUGACUCAUCUUCGAGUGUUAAACUUGCCUCACAACAGUAUUGGUAACGUAGAGGGAUUGAAAGAGCUAGUGUACCUGGAGUGGCUGAAUCUGGCAGGAAACAAUGUAAAGACUAUAGACCAGAUCAGUUGCUGCACAUCUCUUCAACAUCUUGAUUUGUCAGAUAACAACAUACCCCAAAUAGGGGAUAUCUCCAGACUUUCCUCUCUAAAGACUCUGCUGCUGCAUGGAAAUAUCAUCACUUCACUGCGUUCAGCACCUUCGUGUUUACCUCAAGGCCUUACUAUUUUUUCAUUGGCAGAAAAUGAAAUUAGAGAUUUGAAUGAGAUUUCUUUCUUGACCUCUUUUCCUAAACUAGAGCAACUCUCAAUUAUGAACAAUCCUUGUGUGAUGGCAACACCUAACAUUCCAGGUUUUGAUUACCGACCAUUUAUUGUCAAUUGGUGUCUCAGUCUUAAAGUAAUUGAUGGGUAUAUGGUUUCUCAGAAAGAAAGCUUGAAAGCAGAAUGGCUUUACAGUCAAGGAAAGGGAAGAUCAUUCCGACCAGGCCAGCACCUUCAGUUAGUACAAUAUUUGGCCAGUGUUUGUCCUCUUACUACUAUGUUUGGACUCCAAUCAGCAGAAGAUGCCAAACUGGAAAAAAUACUACAUAAGCAAAGGUUGCAUCAGAGGCAAUUGAUGUAUCAGAGCCAUGCCAAUGAUUCGCCUGUAUCCCCAACUCUGAAUAAAGGACUACCCAUUAAUAAUGAGCCAAACAGUCCUGUCCAUGUACAAGAAAUAACUGACUGUGAACGUAUUAUUAAAAAGAAUACCUGGGUUGUGACGAAAUCCAAUGAUGACCAUUCUUAUGCAGUUAAAAAUGUUUCUCCAACUUUGGUACAAGCUGAAAGAAAUACUUUUAAGGAUUUUUACUUGGAUGAUAUACAAACUGACGAGGACAAGUUGAACAGUAGUCUCCUAUCUUCAGAAUCUACUUUUAUGCCUGUUGCUUCAGGGCUGUCUCCAAUGUCGCCCACUUCAACAGAACUGAAACUUCAUGGAAUUGGCAUUGAUGUAGAGGAUGUGGAAGAUAUGGGGGAUACAGAUUUGGAAUUUACAAAAGAUAUUAAUAUGCAGAACAAAGAAAAGCAGAACAAUGAUUCUAUGCUUUUGGGAAAGUAUAUCCUCAAGUCAGCAGACAUGGUAGAAACUCAAAAUGCAUAUCAAAAGGAGGAUAUUUUCCACAUUGCUUCUUCUUCAGUAAAUACUGAUAUUCAACCUGAUAAUGUUCGAACAUCUCCUGAAGACAAUGUAAAAUUCAGUAACUUUAAGCAGUCACACUCACCUGAAGAGAAUAUUACCAAAUCUGUUUCUGUUGCUAGCUCUCUAGAAGUGUCUACUGAUGCAUCAGUUACUGUAACCCAGAAGAAAGAUGAACUUACAGAAAUGAAUAAAGCUGCCACCAAGCUUCAGGCCUGUUGGAGAGGAUUUUAUACAAGAACAUUUCAUUCCAGAGUCAGGGAAGCACGCUAUGAAAUUCGACUCAGCAGAAUGCAAGAACAUAUCACCCAUUUAACUGAAGAAGUUCAAAAGUUAAGAAAAGAAAAAAAUGAAGAGAAGCUUCAAAGACUUGUGCAAGAGGAAGCUAUCAAAUUUCUUUGGGAUCAGGUUAAAUCUAUCCAGGAAUGGCAGCUUUCAGUAAACCAACACCUAAGUAAUAUCUGGAAAAAAGAUACUCCCGCCUGUAGCAAUCUGGGUCCACAUGAAUUAUUAAUACAGUCAUCUAGACCAAAUCAAGAACCUUCACCUAUUGAUAGUUCAACUUGGUUAGGUUCAUCUUCUGAAAUGUGUAAUCAGAAAUGUUUACAGGAAUAUCCUGAUUCAGGUUUCCAUUCCUGUAUAUCAGACCAAAAUAUCCUUAAUGAAUUGCAGAACUCUGAAAAAUAUUUGACAGAAACAAAUGAAGGCUUUCUAGGAAAUUCUCUGCAAACAGUCAAGCCCUGUGAAGAUUUUCUUUCAGGAAGCCUUUCUGAUGCUGUGAUCCCAGGUGAUCAUAAGGAAUAUUGUAAAGAGAAUUUGAACAAUGAUCAGAACAAUACUCUUCUCCAAGAAUAUUUAAAAACAGUUGAAGAACUAGAUGAUUCUGAUGAAAAGGCAAAUUGCAGCAAUGGAAUAGAAAGUUGUAAGGCCCAUACAGCUGUUUCAUCUGAAGAAAAGGAUAUUUUAUGUAGUACUGUUUUAGUCACUCAGGAUGUGCUUCCCUUAGCAGAGGAAGGAAUUGAUACAUUCAAUCUAAAUGAUAAAAUAGCAGAAAAAAAAGCAAACUGUGAUUCUUCAUUACAGACACUUUCUGUUAGCCUAUCUGUAUAGCAAACAUAGACUGACAGACAAAAUUUAAAAGCCACAUUAACCUUUUAUGUAAUUAGACCAAUUUCUACACAUUUUUGGAGAUGUGGUCUCCUUGCUUUUAGAAAUGGCUUGUUAACAGAUUUGUUAAUCCUCUAAUGUUAGACUUACACUCUUAAAUUAUAUCAAGAUAGGUUCAAGUAGAUAUGGUAACUUACAUUUCAUGUGGUUUGGUGUAACAGAUUUUUAUGAAAUAUAAUUUUGAAGACUCUUAAGUACUUUCCAUAUUGUAGUUAUCAUAGCUUAAUGAAACAAUUGUUUUCUCCAAGGAAACGAAGCGUGCAUCCUUAUUGUAAUAUUCAAAGAAAGAAAUAUAAAUUUUUAUUUUGACAAAUAAGGGCAGUAUGCAGAAGUUUAUAUUAGAAAGCAGAAACAUAGCACCUAUCUGCAACCCCUUAAGGCAGAUUUCAGGCUAAGGCAUUGAUGACAAGUGUUAUUUUUGCAUCCCUACAUGAUCUGAAACAUAUUUUUGCCUGCAAAUCUGAAAUCUGUUUGUCCCAAUCAUCACACAACAUACAGUUAAUAUAAGAGAGAGAAAAAUUAACUAAUAGUCUGAAAAUGUAUGCUGACACACAGAUGCUAAAUUAUAAGCUUGGAAGUUUUGGAAAUCUUGUUCCAUGUAGAGAUCAUUUUGUUUAACAGUGCCAGACAGUUUACUCACCAAUACUCCAAAUGUUUUUCUACAGACGUGACUGUUGAAUUUCACACAGUCGAGUCCAGCCUGUUAUCACAGAGGACUAUUUUUAUGAAGUCAUUUUUCUUUGUUUCAUUUGCUGGGACAGUGGGAAAAUUAAAAAAGAAAACCACAAUGCAACAAAACAAACCAGUCUGAAGAAAAGGGAGGCAAUCUCUCACACAAAUGAAGGAAUGAUUCUUAUGAUAGGAAUCAUUUGCCUAUUUUGCCAAAGUUAGAAUGUGUAUAGAGUACUGUACAAACUCGAUUUUAUACCUAAGUAACAAAAAAUGAGAGGGUUUUAAAAAUAGAUCAGCAUUAUAUGGCCAUGGCUGCUAAAAAUAUGUAGAAUAAUUGUUUAAUACCAUUAUCUUAGAUUGCUAAGAUAAAGAAGCAAGUGGCCAUGUUUUCUAGUUGCUUAGGGAAGAUUGGCUGCUAAACGUAUUGUCAUACGUUAAUAUAAAUUAACAAUUUUCAUUCUGGCAUUCAUGUGAAGAAUGCCUACUUUCUACUGCUUCGCCAUAAAGCAACAAUUCUUCUUUACAGACUCCACUGUUUCUAUCAGUAAAUGCUUUGUAUGUUUUCAUUACUAAUAAUAGUUGUCAAUAAUAAAUAUUUUUCUAUUCAUAAA